AUGGCUGCGCCUAGGUUACCAUUCUUAUGGCCAAUGCUGUUCAAACCAGCGACAUCGCCCCGUGUAACCGCCUCAACAUGCAAACAGAACGCGUCGCUUCAAAGCCCCACGCGACGAGGGCGCAGACAGCUUACUACCACUGCUCGCCGGUCAGAGCAACCAGUCAUUCAGCGAUACGGAAAAGCAUACGAGCACACCGAACCAGAACUCAACCAAGCGCUACCAAAAGAACCUCAACAAAAGAGCACAGAAAACCCCGCGCAGGACGCCGUUCAUGAAGAAGAGGAAGAAGAUGCGCCGGCUGCCACAAAAAGUCCAUCGACACCUUCCAAAGCCACAAUAGCAGAAGAGGCUGUUCCUCCCAUCGUACCGCCACCCGAACCUCCCAAAACAGGCGAAAGCAAAACCCUCGAUAGCGUUCUCCACAUGCCCACAGCCGCCGAAGAAGAGUACCACAAAGCGCCGCACCUCAAAACACCCCCGUAUGUCCACCACUUUGACACCUAUGGUCUUGUACGAAAGCUGGCGCAAUCGUCUUAUACGCCCGCUCAAUCUAUAACUAUCAUGAAGGCCGUGCGACAGACGCUCCUAUCCAACAUGGCUCUGGCACGCCAAGGCCUGGUCAGCAAGAGCAAUGUUGAGAAUGAGACAUAUCUAUUCCGGGCAGCAUGUUCGGAACUCAAAACGGAGAUUGGAAACGCCAGGAAGGGUGAAAUGGAGAGAAUGCGCACAGAGAGGGGUCAAUUGCAGCAUGAAGUCGACAUCCUGGGGCAGAGGCUGGGACAAGAGACGACGGCAUUGCGGGACGAGCUCAAGGGGCUUUUCGACGACCGAAAAAUGGCCGUCAGGCAGGAACAGAGACACAUGGAAACGAAGAUCCAAGAGCUCAACUACAAAAUCACAGUCGCACUAAACUCCGACGCCCGCUCCGAAGUCGAAGGCCUCCGCUGGGUCCUCACACGCCGCGCCGCCAUCACAGUCGGCGUCUCAGCAUUCAUGCUCUUCGUCGCUCUCCGCUACACCAGCUACGUCCAGCACCAAUUGCAAGAGGAGAAGAGGAAGCAGCCUCCGCACCGCCCGAGCCCCUUGGAAGAUAUGGCGGACAGCAUAUCAACGGCAAGUAGACCUGUUCUCGAUCCCGCUAGUCCGACAACACAAGACGCAUUAGGCGGCGAGCUAUUAGCCACAGAGGGUGUGUCUUUGGGAUAA